AUGAAAUGAAUUUCCUAUUUCAUUUCCAAUUUGAUGUUGUCGUUAGCAAUAGCAAUAUAGUAUAGCUUCUGAAGUGUUAAUUUAACAGAUCUUUUCCCCACUUAAAUUCAUUCCCAGAAUCCUGUGCAUAAAUAAUAAUUUUCCAAGGCUAUGAAAUCGAGUAAACCCAACACUAUGGAUGAUGAUGAUGAUUAUGAAGAAGAUUUCACUUCUAAGAAAGAAGCUUCGUCCGCUAACAAAGAUUCGAAGAACAAUGAUAAGGCGAGUGCAAUGCGUUCGAAGCACUCGGUCACCGAGCAGCGACGUAGGAGCAAGAUUAAUGAGAGAUUUCAGAUACUAAGAGAUUUGAUUCCCCAUGGUGAUCAGAAGAGAGAUACUGCAUCUUUUCUCUUGGAGGUAAUAGAGUAUGUUCAACUUUUGCAAGAAAAAGUGCAAAAAUAUGAGGGGUCAUAUGAAGGAUGGAGCACCGAACCCACAAAACUGAUGCCCUGGAGACACAGUCAUUGGCGAGUUCAGAGUUUUCUUGGGCAUCCUCAAGCUGUGAAGAAUGGUCCUAGCCCUGCAUCAUCAACAUUUGCAGCGAAGUUUGAUGAGAGGAGUUUCAGCACAAAUCCUAGUGUGACUGCUAAUACACAGACUCCAGUGGACGUGGAUUCUGGCCAUGAUGCCUUUAGAGCUUUGGAUCCACAGUCAGACUUGGUUGAAAAGACAGCUCCUAUUCCUGCACCUUUAUUGCACGUGCCUACUGCUGUUCGAAGUGAUAGGGAUGAUUCCAAUCUUUCCCAGAGACCAGCUUCUGAUACGCUAGCAGCUCCCUGUCACAUGAGCGGCGAUCAUCAACAGGGAGAACAUAUAAUCGAAGGGGGCACUGUUAGCAUCUCAAGUGCUUAUUCUCAUGGGUUGUUGAUGACAUUAACACAGGCAUUGCAAAGCUCAGGAGUGGAUCUGUCUCAGGCUAACAUUUCCAUACGGAUUGAUCUUGGGAAGCAAGCUAACCAGAGUCUAGUUUCUGGGCUAUCUGGCGCUAAGGAACUGGAGAAUUCUGCUUCCCAUGACCUGACUAUGGGGCAUGUUGGAGAUGGAAGUGGCAUGGAGGAAUUGGAGCAACCGCAAAAGAAACUAAAAUCAUAAUCUGUAAUACUUUGUGAUUUAGGUGUUGUUUCCCCCCCCACCCCAAAAAACAUUCUCAUUUCUCUCUUGCCGUUUCUCUCACAAAAUUUAUCAAUCUGUAUAUGAUGGUCCCUGUCAUUGUUGUUUCCUGUCAUCAGAGUUUCAUAUAGAGGAAGUUGUUUUACCCGAACUUUGACCAGGUCCAGAUUUCUCUUGAAGAGUAUCAGUUAGAUUCUUCCAAACCAUUCAGUGUCACUGUAACUAAUAGUGAGACGGAAAUUGUUUGAUGUUGUGAUAGAUGUUGGAGUUCGCUGA